CACAUCGGUGGCACUACUCUCCAUGCCUUUGCAGGGAUUGGCUCUGGGAAAGCACCGCUGGAACAGUGCAUUCAGCUGGCAGAGCGGCCUGGGGUGCGGCAGCACUGGCUGGCCUGCCAGCACUUAAUUAUCGAUGAGAUCUCAAUGGUGGAUGGCAAGUUCUUUGACAGGCUGGAGGCAGUGGCGAGGGCAGUCAGAAAACGGGAUGAGCCUUUUGGAGGAAUUCAGCUGAUCAUCUGUGGGGACUUUUUGCAGCUACCCCCAGUUUCCAAGGCUAAUGAAGAAACCAAGUUCUGCUUCCAGGCAAAAAGCUGGAGGAAAUGCAUCCACAUAAACAUGGAGCUGACUGAAGUGCGGAGACAGACUGACAAGACUUUUGUCUCCCUCCUGAGUGCAAUCCGUUUAGGCAGGUGCACAGAGGAGGUUACCAGGCAGCUGAUGCAGACAGCUGCGAACAGGUCUGAGCGUGAUGGGAUCCUGGCUACACGGCUCUGCACCCACAAAGAUGAUGUAGAAAUAACUAACGAGAGAUGCUUGCAGCAGCUAUCAGGAAAAAUACACACAUUUGAGGCUUUGGACAGUGACCCAAUGCUAGUGAAGUUAAUUGAUGCUCAGUGUCCUGUGGGUGGUAGAAUUGAGCUAAAGCUUGGAGCUCAGGUGAUGCUAGCAAAGAAUUUGGAUGUUUCUCAAGGGCUGGUGAAUGGGGCACGAGGUGUUGUUGUAGGAUUUGAAAGUGAACAGAAAGGGCUGCCUAAGGUGAGGUUUCUCUGCGGGGUCACACAGGUCAUAAAAAUAGCGAAAUGGGUCUUCAAAGGACCAUCAGGGGUUCAUCUGAGUCGUCAACAGUUGCCUUUAAAAUUGGCAUGGGCCAUUUCCAUUCACAAGAGUCAGGGCAUGUCUUUAGACUGUGUGGAAAUCUCCCUGUCUCGUGUCUUUGAAAGUGGGCAGGCUUAUGUAGCCCUGUCCCGAGCCCGUAGCCUUGCAGGUCUCCGUGUUCUGGAUUUUGACCCCAAAGUAGUGAGAGCUGAUCCUUCUGUGCUGCAGUUCUAUAGACAACUGAGACGUCAUCAGCUUCUAACCCAGGAUUCACUACAUGCCUGUUCAGAUACUGAUGAGAAGGAGAACUGGAAAUGCGGCUGA